AUGUCGCUCAAAAACUUCGUCUUCUGCUUUGUUGCUAUUGCAUUCUUAGGUGCAAGCUUGGUUCAAAGUUCAAUCACCUAUGUUGCCAAUUGGCAAAUCCCUUACCCAGGCUCAUUAGAUAGUCGUGCAAUUUACCUCGUUGGCGAUCCAAACUCAUACGAAAUCUUCCCAACAAAUUAUGGUAGCGGUCAACAAUCUGAUGCACAAUGUGAAAAGUUGUUAAACAAUCAACCAGGUCAUUAUACCGGCCCAUGUGAAACAAGCAUUGCCGCUCAUGAUCAAUCAUUCAACAUUCAAUGCACUGCAGACCGUAAAAAUGCAGCUUCUGUUGUCUUCUUCAAGGAUGGAGGCUCAACCGAUCAUCAAGCAAGUAUCGUUACCGCCGGUAAUAUCUAUGGUGGUUUUACAAACGAAAAGUCUGGUCAACCUUUACGUCAAAGUUCGACAAAAGUAAUUAUCGGUCAAGGUGAUCGUAUCAGCGUUGUGCUCAACUGUGGUAGCAGUGAUCGCGCAAGCUAUGGUACCCGUUAA